AUGACACAACAACCGCCUCCCCCAUCACACUCCUCGACGCCGCUGUCACCCAACAGACCGGAGUGUCUACUCCCUGAAUUGUCCCCGCUAGGGCAGGCGUGCCACGGUGACGGGGUCCCUUACGUCCAGCGGGAAUCACCAGUUGGGAGCAGUGAAACGGAGGCCGGUUUCUUCACGGACUCAGGUACGCUACAAUUGCAAAAGUCCAGCUACCGUGAGAAACGAAACUUCAUUUACAUUUGAACAAACAGAAAUCAUGAAAAUUUUAAAUUUACUGUCUUCUUUCCGAGUUAACUAAUUAUCUGGCAUGUGAUGCAGCCUGCAUUGAUUGUUUAGGAGUGGUCAUAUAGUAGGUGGCUUAACUCUUGAAAUGCCAUGGUCGAAGUUUGGGGGAGAAUAACAUUUCAUGAGUUAGGACACUUAGUGCGCCUUGAAAUCACUGGUAUCGUUUUGUCCUGAUAUAAAACUAUUUAUAGUUUUUAACUUAAUUUGGGAACCAUUUAUUGAAAUCUAAUGAGUUCGAUUCGAAAGAAUUGCUCAAACUGAGUUUUGGAACUGGUUAACUUCCGAAACAAUCCAAAGAUAUUUCAUUUGCGCUAAGAUCCUGGUUUGUAAAUGGGCGUAUUAGCGGCCAUAUGUAAAAACUGAAUCAUCUAAAAAUGACUACUCAGGCGAUAUGCAUUUUACUGUUACUUUCUGAUAGUCAUUUAUAUCUAAAAGUAUUUAAUGUAAAGCAUGCGCAUAAACAUCCUUUCUCAUACUCAGUUUGUGAAAAAAUGACGUCCAGGCUUAUAAAUAAACAGGCAAAUUAUUUCACUUAGCGCCCUUAAGGUGCUUCCAUGUGAUCUUAGAUACUGUCAGGCGUGAUUGGAACGGUGCAGUUUAUUUGUAGGCGCAAAUAUUUAUGUCGGACAUGGCUUUAAUUCUACGGUCAAACAUCGUAUAGAACCUCAUAAAACACACUCAUAUAUCGUGUCUACUUAUUUCGUUUGCGUAGCAUGAUACACAUUAGUAGGCAAGAAGGGAAGGAUUUAUUGGUACCAAAACGUUUCGCGACAGCUCUUCAGCUGCGUCCUGUCGCUUCAUAAGAGAACGCAAAGGCAGUUGGCAGCCAGGUCUAUUAAGCACCUGCGCAAGUGGCUCCUAAGACAAGAAAAUAAAAUCCCGCGUUCCUCCAUUACGAAACACCUACAUGAUACUGGUCACUCCGUCGACUCCAAAACUUCCUUCCGAGUACUUGUUCGGGCCCGAACAACUCGGACAUUGCGUUACCUGGAGGCGGCCUAUAUACGACGAGUGAAAACAGAUCUUUGUAAACAAUUGGAACACGUGGUUAAUCUUACAUUGCCAUGGUAGCCUUUAGCUCCAUGAUUCCCCCUCUCUCCUCUCAUUUUUGCUCUUUAACGUUCCCCUUUUUUCACUUUCUUCCCCUACGGUGUUUGUGCUUCAAAUACACAUUAGUAAUAAUUUCAAAUACACAUUAGUAAUAAUUUCUGGUCACAGAGGACAAAAGACACAUCACCACCUCUCUGCAGAUUUGUACCUACCUGUACCCAACUAUAUUACGGGUGGGAUUUCUCUAUAGUCCAGAGGGACCAGAGCUACAGUUAAGGCCAAAGACAAGUUAUGGGUAAGGUUUGAGUUAGGGAUUAGUGCUAAGUUUAGGACACGGGAAGAGAUACCCAUGCUGGAAUUCUGCGCAAAGCCACAUACAUUACGGUGUGCGGGGUCCUAAUUUCGUGUCUGACCGUAAAAAACCUCAUUUGCUUCGAAUGCCUAUUUAAAUGUAAUAGUCGAGCUACAAACAAGACCCUCGUAAUGCACGUGUUUUAGCAGUAAAUUCUUAGAGAUUUCCCUAGUGUCGCCAUACUACCUCAGUCAAAUUAGUAGCCAUGGUAUAUGAAUCAAGUCCACGUAUUUUCCUAUUCCAGUGUCUUACAAAUUCAGCCAAUAGGAUUACUGUAUUAUCUGAGAGUAGUGAUGACCGAAAAGCCAGUCCAAAGGAAAGAAUGUAGAACUUUAUUAUGGGUGCCAACAACACAGUAAAUGCCAUGUCAAUGGCCUAAGGAUUGUGAGCGUCUACUGUUCCACGAUUCAGUAAGCCAUGGCCCUCACAACCUGGUGCGCGCUGGCAUUUCUCUGGCACCUGGUUCCACGGCCAGCAGAGGCGUUUGCGCUCCCGGUUGGUAUACAGAUCGUGUGCAUAUUCGCCCAGUCAUCCUUAUCGUCUUUCUGACCCGUUCUGAUGCUGUUGCUGGUUAAAAUCCUGGUCAUUUGCUGCGUGGAUCAGGGAGUGCGGUGUGCGCCUACGUGCGGGACCUCUCCCGCUUCCAGUCUUCUUGACUAUGUCUUAACAACGGGCCUAGGUGGGAGGGGAGAGAGUGCGGUAGGUGCUACGCAAGUCUGCUUACUCUAUAAACUAAUUAAUGCGCGAGUCAGUCUUCCUGCCUCAUCUUGCUGUGGAGCGCACGGUGGACACCGUCGGUCGUCUGAGUGCGGAGCGAAAAACUGUAGUUUAACAUUCAGUUAAUGCUAGGAGACAGAACGGUAUUCCGCAAUUUCAUUAAAAAAGCUCAUUUUGCAGUCCAGUUUACUUCUCGGAUAUUCUCUCCUGCCGAGCUGUCCAACUGCAGCAGUUGGAUGGCUCAAAAAGUAAUCAAGCACUCAUGACAAGUAUCAUGUUUACGUCUAGCAGCUCCUUGGCGGUCGACCGCCAAAGUUUACUCUUUUUUCUUACUUAUUUUAUGUGUUCUUCGCAUUAACGUUUCGCCGGGUACUUCAUCAGAUUCCUGCAUUGACUAACAUGAGUUCGGCAACAAUAUUGUGUUUGACGCCGCCCAAAAAGGAGCACAGUAACCCCUGUAGUGCGGGCGAAUGUAAGAGGUAUUUUAUGGGUGGGGUCGAUCGGAGUCUGCGGAAUCUGCGGAAGGUGUUAAGAAAACCCGCAUUUCUGACACCUAUUUAUUAGAGCCGUGAAAAUUCCCAUGACAGUAUACGGAAGAUCAUUUGCUGUCGACAAAUUCUUGUCGGCCAGUACAUUUAUAAGGAAAGAGGGUAGAAGUAAAAACGUGGAUGGAGAAAUUGACUACAGUUCGCCUCCGAACACAGGCCGGGUGUGAGAAUGGGGAGGAAUGGGGGUAAUAGCAGCCAAUGCCGGGAGCAGGAUGAAUGCGAAAGGGUGCGCAGAGUUUCACGGUUAGUAUCUUUUGACCACGGCAGGUGCGGAGCCUGAACGUGGUUCUUUUGCGCACAUUAGAUUGUUUUUCGUAACCUGAUGGCGGUCGUUUCUGCUGUUGCUAACAGGUGCUGACCUAGUAGCUUAGGAUAGCUCAAUGGGAUCUUCAAAACCACACGAAAAGCUUCGCUGGGGUCCACCCGAUGUCCGGAAUCGGCAACAUGCGCAAGAAUGGCGCCGCUUAUGUUCCCAGUUUGGCCUUUUUCCAGCCAUGCCGGGUGGUGAUCUGCUAGUCUCUUCAAUAAGAGUCGACUCGUGGGACCAAUGUGAUCUGCUUUACAGGAGAAAGUAAACGAAUAAAUGCACAUUGAGGUGGUCUGAUUUGGCAACCUAUUUAUCACUCCAACGAGGUUCCGAAUCAAACCACACAAUUUGAAAAGUUGCGUAUUUAGAGAGCGUAAACUGCUGAGACAGAUAAUUCGUGGUUAUUUGUUAAUGGUGACUGGAGUGGGUAAGACGAUAUGCGACAGGCAAAGUUAACCCUAUCUCCAGCUACAACCCUCUCACCAAUCUUCAUAUGCAACUUUAUAUCGACCUUAGAUCCAACACUAACCUCAGUCAUUAACGCAGUCAUUAUCGUAAGUUUUUUACCGCAACCGUAACCCAACAAGACAUUUCCACGUAAAUGAAGUAGAUAGACAGUUCCCAGGAAUACGUCACAGGUGGGAUUACAUACGUUAGCCCUGUCAAGACGUCACCUGAUGCACUCCAACAGCCCUUCACUUUCGCUGCAUUGCAGAGUCCGCAACAAAUGUCUUCGACAAGUUUAAAAAGUACGGCACCGCGACCUCUUCCGCAGGAUUGUCAGAGCGCAAUUUCAAGGCCGCUCGCGGAAACAUGGCCUCCCUUGUGGUGACGCUUUUCGAUGCCAGCCAUUCUCUACCUCCAGCAGAGGUGCGUCACAAGAGGAGAUCAAAGCAACUCUGUACCGAUGGAAUGGACUUCUUUCACUCUGAUGAGAACUGA